AUGACAGGAAUUGAACAGGCAAAAAGCACCUCAGUAGAGGUACCCCAUAGUUCUUUGGGAUGUCUGCUGGCCGCCUUCGUCGUAGAGAAAGAAAUCCACAACCAGUUGCGCCACUUAGAGCGCCACUUAGACGCUUUUUUGUUGAUCGAGCAGCUGAAGCAGAGACUGAAAGCGAAAUCGCUUUCAGAAGGGCCCCGUUCAAACCAUGUAGCAGGAAGCAUGAAGCCGGAAGACGUAGUGGGUGCUGCGGAGUUAAACGACUUGCUGGACAAUGACCCAGAAAUUGUGGAAACUGCAUUCAGACGCCAUAUGGUUGCAGAAGUCUACAGAGACAUGGACAAACCAGAAUGUCUGGAGCGCUUAGACACCCGAGCGAGUCAAACGGCAGAACUUAUCCAGCAACUGCGCACGCAAGUGCAAAAAGAGAAGUCGCCGCAGCUGCAAGAGCUAAGAGACUUAAUCGACAAGAAAUAUAAUCAGACAACAGGAAACACACCAAAAGAUCCGUCUCUGCUUUCUAAAGCGUAUCGGCAGUCAAUACGCAUGUGCACGUGCGUUAGUAAGGAGUUGCAUCUGUGCGCUCAUAUUCACAUUUACGCGUACGGGAGCACGCACCCACACGGACCUGUCUCUGUGAAAGAAGUCGUUAACGAAGGCUCUAACCUUAAGAUACAGUUGAGGAAUUACAGCGACAACCCCGACAAGAUAUCUGUUCGACUUGAGGGCGUUGUAGCCGCUCCACUUAUUUGUAUCCUUUCCGUUUUGAACGAAGUGGACCACUUCAGCAACUGGGCUGCGAUGCUAGGCCCAGGCCCUAGAAUGCAAACACUAAAUCGUAAAUCCUCAUUGGAUGCUGAGGUGGCUCAGACUUGGCCUACGGACGCGUGUUUUGAGGUAUUUGCUGUGGAUGACUUCGAACGGAAUUCGCAAAUUGUUGUUAAAAUGAUUACACUGGACAACGCCUGCAAGACGCCGAGGCAAACAAUGACGAUCCCUGAUCCAGCCCGGCGUGUGGAGAGGAUUCUUGUGGACGGCUCGUUGGUGAUAAAGCCUCUUGGUCCCGACUCUUCUCUGUUGUCCCUCCUUUGGCACGAAAACUGCGGGAUGCGCAUCCCUGUUUUCAUGCUUGACUUUGCCACCAAGCUCUUCGCAAGGUCGGCCUUUGACGCCUUUAGGAAAACGUGCAUUUCAGCAAAGGGUGGAGAGCUGCAGCGGAGGCGUUCCUUAAAUGAAAAUCUCUACAGCUUCAUUACAGAUCGCCUGGAACAGCUUGGUAUCGUGCCUACCUCACCGCCUCAAUCUGACGGAAAAGAAGCGGAGGGACGAGAAGAAGUUGACAAAUUGCAAUGA